AUGCAAACACGGUCAUCUGGUUCAGUCCUUGGCAAGCGUGCUCAUCAUGUCGACCAAAAGGCUAUCUCAUCAGCAUCUACAAGUGACAUUGCAAUGCUAUCGCAGCAUAUGCUUACCCCAGAACAGAGCCCUAAAUCCAAACGCGCCCGUAUCUCGCUCUCCGGCGUUGCAGGAGAUUCAAACAAGGAAAACGUACCUCCAUUCCGUACUGAGUCGUGGAAUGACGUAACAAUCGACACACCACGUUCCAUUCGUACAUUAGCGAUAUCUACUCCCCCACCAACACCCCCAGUCUUACUACUUCCUGUGUAUACCCGUGCCCGUGGACUACUUCGUUCGACCAGCACAGAUGUAUCUCCUAUAGCUGGCCGAGAGGAUGAACGACAGUGCGUUCUAAAAUUCAUCACCUCGUCGUGGUGUGAUAGUGCACACACAUCUCUGUACAUCUCCGGUACACCUGGAACAGGAAAGACUGCGCUUGUUAACUCGGUCCUGCGUUCGUUCCAGGAGUCCGAAGGGACGUCGGACCUGAGAGUCGUUUCUAUCAAUUGCAUGGCCUUGAAUGGGCUGGAUGCACUUUGGGAUCGUCUUUACGAAGAAUUGUAUUGCACAGGGGCUUCCAAGAAUCCUGCAAAACCUGGCAAAGCCAAGGGCAAGCAGACGGUCGAGAAAGCACUCUCGAGUUUAAAUCAUAGGUGCAUUGUUGUGCUUGACGAGCUCGACCACAUUGCAUCUUCAAAUCAAUCACUGUCGUCAAUUUUCUCUAUGUCUCAAAAACAUUCGUCCACCCUCCGCAUCAUCGGAAUUGCAAACACACAUACCCUUACAUCGUCAUUGGCGCAGUUGUCUACUCAUGAAGCUUCCAGCGCCCUGACCCUUCACUUCGGCGCAUACUCUUCCCAGCAACUUAUCCACGUGCUCCAAGCACGUCUCUCGCCUCUCUACGAUAAUCUGGAAUACCCAGAAGCAACAGAACAAGCCAAAAAGUUCCUCCCUCCUUCAACAUUAGCUCUCCUCACGAAGAAAAUUGCCUCGCAAACUGGCGACGUUCGAGCCUUAUUUGAGGUACUUCGAGGGGCAAUAGAUCUGGCUGUCGCGGGUUCGAAGGUCCCAGAUACAGAUGCAAAUCCUCUCACAACUCCACCUCUCAUCGUUAAGCCAAAUCACAUCCUUGCAGCCCUUAAAGCGUAUCUACCUUCCACUAGUGGUGGCCGCUCCUCCUUUUCCUCAACACCAUCCCCUACCAGCAAUGAGAUCGUGUCCAAGGUCCGUAAUCUCGGCCUGCAAGUCAGACUGGCUCUCCUAUGCAUACUUCUUGCAUCAAAGCGGAUGGAGGCCACUUUGUCUUUUUCUACAUCCACCACCUCAACGCCUACCAAGUCCCCUGUGAAGCGCGCAGGCUCUGUCGUUUCUCAAAGAACUGCUGGGCUUGACGUUGCACAGCUGCAUGCAUACUACUCAACUGUGCUCACACGUGCAGAUAACGACAUCUUCACCCCAGUUUCCAGAAGCGAGUUUUCAGACCUGAUAGGAAUGCUAGAAACCAUAGGACUCGUGGUGUCAAGGUCUGCCCGCGUGACAGCUGCCUCUCCGUCAAAGACUGGACGUCGUGCGCUCGGUCGAGCUGUAUCAUUCGGUGGAGUAGUGAAGGGAGCAACAACAGGGCAAAAUGUAAAACUUGCGGAGACCAUUCGCGCAGAUGAAGUCCUGCGUGGCCUGGGUGUGACUGACGACUCUGCUGCCAGUGAUGUACGUGAAGAGGAAGUCAGGGCUAUAUGGGCUAGGGAAUGUGGCCGGAUUGCACGAGAGUCGAAAGCGAAGUCAGCGUCAGGUAUGGGUGGUGACAAGCCGUUCGAUGAAGCAUUUGAAGAUUAG